AUGUUGAAGUUGUGGCUCGGGCUCGCGCUAACGGCUGAUUCAUCGGCUUUAUUCAGGGAUCGUAAUAGUUUUGGGAUGAAUCUAAAAAGACCAUCAGAGCUCUACAAACACCUAAGAGUUUCCAAGAGACAUAUCCUGGGAAAAUCCCAUGAUGACGUCGUUACAUCACUCCCAAAAGACAAUGAUGCCCCAGAGCUAGAGUCACGACUUCAAUUCCAUAAACAAUUUAUGAUCGGAGCGCAAAAUAACAGAGUAGGGUUAGGAUCAAGUAGGAAAGUCCAAGAUACGGAUAUAUUGAAGUCUUUUAUUCGGCAAGACGAGAACGAUAAAUACAAGAUCCAUGCAAUGAGUUUAGAAAUGCAGAACGAGUGGUUAGACAUAGGAGAUUUUUGCAUUCCACUAGCACUAAAAUGGCGCACCCUAAUUCAUGACUGGUCGCCAGCCUUGCUAAAAUUUUAUCUCAAUGCGUUCCAGAUGACUCUCCCAGAUCAGAGUAAUUUAGUAAGAUGGGGUAAAGGUACCGAAAAAACUUGCUAUAUCUGCGGAAAGGCAGUUGGAACUGCCAAGCAUUUGCUGGUGGGAUGUAAGGUUCUCCUGGACAGCGGUCAAUACUCGCGUCGUCACGAUAGGGUUUUAGAGAUCAUACGUGAAGCGGUUAGUCUUUCGGUAGCCAGAGCGCAAAGGGAAAUAACCACAAACGAGCGAUCAAUAGGUUUUGUGAGAGAGGGCACCAGGGCUAUAAAAUCAAACGUCAAGCCUUACUCAAUCCUUAAAGCGGCUUCGGAUUGGACUAUCAUGAUGGAUACGUAUGAGAAACAAUACAAAAUUCCCGAGGAUAUUUGUGCGUCGGCCUCCAGACCAGACAUAUUUCUAUAUUCGCGUAUUUUAAAGCGCGUUGUGAUGAUAGAGCUUACGGUGCCUUGGGAAACCAACAUCCCCAAAGACCAUGCCAUCAAGGUCAAUAAGUAUUACGAGCUCACUAACGAACUAACUCGAAAUAGGUUCGUCGUUGAUUUGUACGCGGUAGAGGUGGGAGCGAGAGGUAUAACAGCUAAAUCUCUCUAUAACCUACUAAAAGACUUGGGCCUGUCCAGAACUAACAUUAAUUCAUUCUUAGAACGUACGUCGAAGGCAGCCCUAGUAGGUUCUUUUCAAAUUUGGUUAGGUAGGGAGAGGAACUUGGACAGUGGAGGUGAGCGUAUAACGCGCGUUAGUUAA